GUUUGUUUCGAAACGCGAAUAGGUGCGCAUCUUCGCAUCUUGGCAUCUCCGCCGCGUCGCCCGAAAAAAGAAAACGUCGAAACGAAAAAUCCCGAAAACGAGUUACAGUCACUGGAUAAGUCACAGUCGCUUCUCAAUAGUCGCAGUCACUGCCGUCACCGUUGAGAUCCCGCUGACAGGUUGGCGGAACCCGUUUAACUGGAGCGUCGCCAGCGGAUCGGAUCGGCAGAUGCAACAGCCGUUAAUAAAUAAUAAAGUGCGUGCAAUAGUUACUAAAAAUAAAAAGAAAAUUACAGAAGGAACUUAAAGUCUAAACACUUUAAAAAAUCUUCAAAAUCAACCUCUUUUUGUAUGAUAAAAUUCAAAAACUUACUUAAAAAAAUUUCAAUAAUGAUUCUGAUAAACAAACAUUCUUCAAAUAACAAAAGAAUAUCGGGAUAAUCCAACAACUGACUAUAAUAAGAGCUGACUUUAGUGUUAUAAAAAACCAACAAAAACUAUCAACUUAAAUUCCUGAAAAAUCAAAAACUAAAACCCAAAUCAGUUAGUAAAAACAAAACAGUUAAGACCCGCUGACAAUCUUCGACUACAGACAUUUGUUAAUCUGUUUGCGGCAAACACUUGAAGCCAAUUUGGCUUGCUGUCUGUUCUGGCAUUUUUGUUUGUUUUCAAACAUUUUCAAAUCGGCCGCCAAAGAGUCAAACAGAGUCAAUAAAAAAGCAAAGUAAAAACGGAUGAAACAAAAAACAACAACAAGAACAAGAGCAAGAAGAAAAAAACAGCAAAGUCACAGAAAACAAACAAAACAUUUUCCGGCUCCGGCGACAUUAACAGAACUGCUCGACAUCGACAAUUUGUUUUAUCAAUUUUCAACAAGGCCAGCCGCAGCAGCAGCAACAGCAACAGCAGCGGCAACAACAAUAGAGCAACACCCAACAAGCCAGCAAACAAGAAAAGCGCCCAGAGUGCUUAGCCGUCGAGCACGCACGCCAAAGCCACCCAGCGCCACCCACUUGCCAGCCCCCGUGAACCUCCCUUAACCAUCACAUCCCCCUCAACUCAUCCUUCGGCAUCCACCCCACGAAAACCCCUUUUUCGAGGGCUCCGCCAGCAUCCGCAACCGUACUCGCAUCGGCAUCCGCAUCCGCAUCCUUGAUAGCCAAAAAAAAAAAACAGCGGAAAAAAACACAAAUAAACAACAACGGACGCCCCACAGUGAAGCCAGGCACAGUGAACUCGCGUGUCGCCGCUUUUUAAAGCCAACUCAGCGAGCGAGACAAUGGCUGCAUAUGCGCAGUUUGGAUACGCUGGCUACCCGACGGCAAAUCAGCUGACUACCGCCAAUACCGACAGCCAGAGCGGCCAUGGCGGAGGAUCGCCGCUGUCUGGGACGAAUGAGGCUUCCCUGAGUCCCUCAGGCGGUUCAACGGCCACCGGUCUGACCGCUGGUCCUCUCAGUCCAGGUGCAGUUUCCCAGUCGUCGCAUCAUGCGGGUCACAAAGGCCUCUCUACAUCGCCGGCGGAAGAUGUGGUAGGUGGUGCCGAUGUCCCAGGAGGCCUUUCAUCCGCCGCCCAGGACCUGCCCACCCGCGGUUCAUGUUGCGAGAAUGGACGACCCAUCAUAACGGAUCCCGUAUCGGGACAGACAGUCUGCUCGUGUCAAUACGAUCCGGCUAGACUGGCCAUUGGUGGCUACUCCCGAAUGGCUUUGCCCUCCGGCGGAGUGGGUGUCUACGGUGGACCGUAUCCGUCCAACGAGCAGAAUCCUUACCCCAGCAUCGGAGUGGAUAACUCGGCCUUCUAUGCACCUCUGAGCAAUCCCUAUGGGAUCAAGGACACCAGUCCCAGCACCGAGAUGAGCGCCUGGACAUCGGCGAGUCUGCAGUCAACCACCGGAUACUAUUCCUACGACCCCACGCUGGCGGCCUACGGAUACGGACCCAACUAUGAUCUCGCCGCCAGACGGAAGAACGCCACGCGGGAAUCCACGGCCACGUUGAAGGCCUGGCUGAGUGAGCACAAGAAGAAUCCGUAUCCGACCAAAGGCGAGAAGAUAAUGCUGGCCAUCAUCACCAAGAUGACCCUCACUCAGGUCUCCACGUGGUUUGCCAAUGCCCGUCGUAGGCUGAAAAAGGAAAACAAGAUGACGUGGGAGCCCAAAAAUAAAACCGAGGACGAUGAUGAUGGCAUGAUGUCGGACGAUGAGAAGGAAAAAGAGUCCGGAGAUGGUGCCAAACUCUCCACAGAAGCUUUCGAUCCCGGCAAUCAACUUAUCAAAUCCGAGUUGGGCAAAACGGAAAAGGAGGUGGACAGCAGUGGUGACCAGAAGCUGGAUCUUGACCGGGAACCACACAAUUUGGUGGCGAUGCGUGGACUGGCACCCUAUGCCACACCACCCGGAGCCCAUCCCAUGCACGCCGCCUACAGUUCGUAUGCGCAAUCCCACAACACGCAUACGCACCCACAUCCCCAGCAACUGCAUCACCAGCAGCAGCAGCAAAACCAGCAACAGCAGUCGUCGCUGCAGCACCAUCAGAUGGAUCAACCGUAUUACCAUCCGGGUGCCUAUGGCCAAGAGGAGUCGGGGGACUUUGCGGCUCAAAAAAACCCGCUGAGCAGAGACUGUGGCAUCCCAGUUCCGGCGAGCAAGCCCAAGAUCUGGAGCGUGGCCGACACAGCCGCCUGCAAGACACCACCGCCCACCGCGGCGUACCUCGGCCAGAACUUCUACCCGCCAUCAUCGGCGGAGCAUCAGCUGCACCACCACCACCACCACCAUCAGCUGUCGUCGGCACCACCGCAUCACCAGCAGCCGCUGCAGCAGCAGCAGCAGCAACCUCUUCACCCGCACCACCACUCGAUGGAGCUCGGUUCGCCGCUGAGUAUGAUGAGCAGCUACGCCGGCGGAUCGCCAUAUUCGCGGAUACCUACGGCGUACACCGAGGCCAUGGGCAUGCAUCUGCCCAGCAGCAGCAGCAGCAGUUCCUCCUCCGUCAAGGUGCCGCCUACAGCCACACCCAUCCCCUUACCCAUCAAUCAUAUCCAUCCGGCGCCGCAGCGGGUGGGGUUUCCCGAGAUCCAGCCCGAUACACCGCCCCAAACGCCACCCACUAUGAAGCUCAACAGCAGCGGCAGCAGCAGCAGCAGCAGCGGGAGCAGUCACAGUUCUUCGAUGCAUUCCGCUCCGGUGACGGUGGCUUCCAUGGUCAACAUUUUGUACAGUAAUGAGAAUGGCGGAGCAUAUGGUCAUGGCCAGGGACUUAAUCAUGGGCUUGGACACGGGCAUGGACAUGGGCAUAGUGCCUACUUAACAGAGGGACGUUCUGGGUCGUAAUUCGACCUUGAAUUAGUUAGCCCAGUUAAGAGUUAACCAGUUACCAGAUACCAAAUAGCAAGCGAAACUACUUACACAUUUCGAUGGCGGGACAAGUGCAAGUUGGCGGGCAAUCCGCGAUUACGAUUACGAUUACGAUUACGAGUACGACUACGAUUACCAGAUAGCGAUAACUACACUAAUUAUUUUGCAAUAAAUGUAGCUUAAGUACGGCAAUAAAACUUUAUUUCCUACCAUA